GUCGCCCCAGCCAGUAGAGGCUGCGACGACCCGGAGAGCGCCUGUACGCGUCGCACCCCGAAAAACAGAACUGGUGACCCUAUAUAGUGUCUGUGACGUGUUUCAGUGUCAGCACAUGCGUGGAAAUGACCAUAUCGAUGAUUGUGAACAAAUGUUUGUGACUUGUGAUUAAGUGCUUGCGUGCGACUAAGUAAGUGAGUUGGGUGCGAGUUCGUGUGGUUACGUUGCAUAGGUACCGCCGAUGUAACCGCAACGCUUCGCAGCCGAAACGUCGGAAGACAAAUUCUCCUCAGAAGAACGAUGUCGAUUAAAAAGUCGGACGUUAUACAAAGAACGAUGAGUGUGCUGAGGGGUUUUUAGUGAGAAAUUGUGAAAAAUAGAAAGAGUGAAGAUGUCGGUAAAAGCGAGCGUUGGUUAAACAAAAAGGGUAAAAAUGGCCUUCAAAGGAUUCUGUGGCGAAGUGAUCGGGUUUUUCCUGGCUGUGGGUUUUUGCAUCAUAUGUCCGGAAUAUGUAUCAUCAGCGCAGCGCGAACUCGGCAAGGGUUCGCCAACGAACGCCUCCGCCACGGCAUCGCCGGCCGGUUCCGUGGACAACGCGAUCCGGUCCGGAGCGGCCCUCGACGGCCCAAGGCCUACACCUCGGACUGGACCUUAUUUCGACCUGAUGGCGUCUAAGAACGUGACAGCGCUGCUCGGAAAAACAGCAUAUUUAAAUUGCCGAGUCAAGAAUUUAGGAAAUAAAACGUUAAACAUGCAAGUAUCGUGGGUACGGCAUAGAGACAUCCAUCUGCUGACAGUCGGCCGGUACACAUACACGAGCGAUCAAAGGUUUAGAGCUAUUCACUUACCGCACUCCGAGGACUGGACUUUACAGAUCAAGUAUCCGCAACACAGGGAUUCGGGAAUUUAUGAGUGUCAAAUAUCUACGACUCCGCACAUGAGUCAUUUUAUACAUCUCAACGUUGUUGAACCAACAACGGAGAUAAUUGGCGGCCCUGACCUCUACAUAGACAGGGGAAGCACUAUCAACCUCACCUGUGUGGUUCUCUACUCACCCGAGCCACCAGCUUACAUAUUUUGGAACCACAACGAUGCGAUAAUAAGCUACGACUCCCCGAGAGGGGGUGUGUCGGUGGUGACUGAGAAGGGGGAGACGACGACCUCAUUCCUGCUAAUCCAGCAGGCAAGACCUUCAGACUCCGGGACGUAUCAGUGUAACCCGAGCAACGCGCAGUCCAAGAGCAUCGUGGUGCACGUUCUCAAUGAAGCAAAUUCGAUUUUUCCUUUAUCAGGUGAGUACCCUGCGGCGAUGCAGCGAGGAGGGCAGGCUUUCGCACCUACAUCACCGACACACUGCCUCGUGUUGGUUGCCUGCCUGUUCAUCGCACUCUCUUGACACAUACGGAUCUUUAACUAAAUGUAAAUACAAGGAUUUUAUCAAUAUCAGCUGCUUAUAUUGACAAUGUGGACCUCCAGAAGAAUAAUAACUUUGCCCGACAUUUUCAAUGCAACUGGCUGAGACAAUUUGCUAUUUUAUAGUGUGGGUUGUGUUAUGUACAAUAUAAAGUAAAUUACUUUACAUGAGCAAGUAGGAUAUGCUUGUUCCAUAUAGUGUUGUAUAUAGUGUAAUAUAAAGCGUGUUAAUCGUAUUAAUUUAUGUAAUAAUAAUUAGAUUUGAUUUCCAACAUAUAAAGAACCCUUGUCACUCUAUGAUUAUACUUCCAAGUAAAAUGUUAUAACAGAAAUGUAAUGAAUAUUUUGUAUUACAUUAAUUGGCAAAUAAAACGUAUAAUUGUUUAUGAUAGAUGUGUAUUAGCGAAAAAUGAUGAUGAAAAAUUUAAUCAAAUGAAAGAACAAAAUGAUAGUGGACACAGGAAUGUAUAAACAGCUGACAAUACUACGUUUAAAACACAAAAAGAAAAUGUAAAUAGUUGAGGUUAUACGAAUCAGUCUAUCUAGCCUCUAAUAAUAUCUGUACUAAGUGAUGUAAAUUGUAA